AUGCCGCCGGCACUGCAAGAGCCACGCCCACUAAAGCAAUCGCACACUGUGACUGAGGAUGAUAUACAAGGCAAGUGGUCACUCGUCAUCCUUCUUUUCCUUAUCCAUGAAGCAGCUACUGACACCGUCUCAGCGUCCUUGGCCAGCAGUCGCGAUGACAACGAGCAAGACUUGUUGCUUCCUUCAAUCGAAGAUGUCUUUGUGCCAUAUAUCAAGAGCGAGCCUGGAGAAGUGACCAAUGCAGUCUGCUCGUCAACAGUCGGUACCUCCGCUUCGGACAAAUCCAAGCAGCGUUCUCCUUCGUACGAUUCUGAAAGCACACUACCACUGUCAACUCCUUGUCCGUCGGACGAAGACAGAGCUGUUCCUGCUAUACUUCAAAUUCCAGCAAGAACAAGCCACCAUCUCGACACUGGUAACACCGCAUACACACCAGAAGUACGAAGGACUCUAGACUUCGGUAUGCCAGCCCUUCGCCUCACCAACGACAAUGUACAACAGGCCUCUGAGCCUAGCGACUUCACUUCGCUGGCAGCACUGCGAAGGCUGGAACGAGACCCUCCCCAUCACUGGCAUGAAGACGAACGAGAGCUACUAACCAUCCUUUAUCGAUGGUACGAAGACACAAACGUGGCAACCAUCCCAAAGGUCUUCAAUGCCAUUACCGGCCUCAAUCUCAGGCUUAAUGUCAUUCGCUAUCAAUUCGAAAGCCACCUCAUUCUGUAUGGUGGUCGUGCGUACCCCGAGUUCGAUCGAGUAAUGAAAGUCCCCUUCCACGACCCCGAACACAAGUACGACGAGAUCCACGCGAUCAUCGAAGAUACCGCCUGCGAGUCUGGCAUUGACUUGUCAAGACGUACACACGAGGUGAGAAUCGAGUCUGGCUUGGCGAGAACUGCAAAGUCUCCCAAGACGAGAAAGCAUUACAAAUCCCUAGUUAGACGUGCGCUAAAGAGGGAAAAGGAGAGAGCACGCGCCCUUCGCACGCCGGCUCCGGAAGAUCUACCACUGCAGGCUCUACAGCUCGGCGGGAUGACAUUAGCUGAGCAAGACGAUGAGGGAACAUGGUCAGACGUUGAUGGCUAUCACACACCGCCUAUCACGCCCACCCAGUCACGCCCACGGGCUCCCCCUGGGAGAAAUACGAUUGGAUUCCGCGUUUGGGAUGCAAACAGCCGAACGAUGUUCGACGACGAGACAGGCUUCGUAAGCCAAGCCUUUUCGAUCUGGAGGGGCGAGUUUCCACCGCCGUUCUCACCAGACGGACAAGGUCAACAGGCUCUCAUGCUGUUGACGAACCUGCAUCUGUCGAUGAGUGGCGGAGCGUCUGCAUUCGUAUCAGUUUCGACGAGUCUUUUGCAGGCGCUCGUCAAGGCCUCAACAAUGUUUGAGCCCAGGAUCGCCGUCAGUAUGUUGAAGUCCCACGUAAAGUAA